AAACCAUUCUCUCUCUCCGCUCAUUUUUCGACCCAGUUUCCAAUCAUUCUCGCCGGAGCUCCGACGUUAUCUUUACCGAUCACGUAUCUCUCACCGCUUAUCGGUUUUUUUCAAUUUCUAAAAGAUGGCAAGUAAUGAGGAAGGUGAAGAAACUGCUCCUCGUGGAAAUGAGUGGGAAGUUGUAUCACUCACACAAUCAGCAUAUGCUGCUGCCCCUGGUCCAAAGCAGGUUGACUCGAAUGAUGAUAAUGGCAGUAGCACAGAUUAUGUAGCUGAAACUUCCCAGGCAAUGUUUAUGUCUGGACACUUUGUCUUUCCACCAAGCCAACAUGAGAAUUUGCCAUUGGAACCUGAUGUAAAUGAGAUCAAUACUGAACAGGAAGGUGAAGAUGCUACUCCAGAACUUGUUGCUAAUGAAGAGGGUAAAUCAGAUUUUUAUGAAGGAAGUACAGAAACUAAAGGAUCGAGCACACCAGAAUUUCCUGGUAUUCAAUUUUUUGAUGAAAAGGGUAACCAGUUAUCUAUUGGUGCAGAAUUUGAAGAAGAUGCAGCCGUGCAACGCUUUAGUUUGGUAGACAAAGAGCAGAGUAUCUUUGGUGCUGCUAACUAUAGUUCAUACCAGAGUGAAGAACCCAUGGGUUUCUCCACAACAACAGAGGAAACCAACGUUCUUGAAGAAUCAGUUGAACCCUCUCACCAGGGCUUAGAAUCGGGCAGUUCGAAUUUGCCACAGACAAAAGAUGAAGAUGAUUAUGAUGCCGCUAACCUUCCUUGUCAAGCAUGGUGGAAAAGACGGGCUGCUUCCCUAGUUGCCCAUGCGAAAGACACAAAUGCAUUAUGGUCUAUUUUCAUUGCUGCUGCUGUUAUGGGCCUUGUGAUUAUUGGUCAGAAGUGGCAGCAAGAAAGGUGGCAAGUAUUGCAAAUGAAGUGGCAGGCUGGAGUCCAUAGUGAGAGGAUUAGCAGGAUGUUUGGUCCACUAUCUCGAUUGAAAGAUGUGAUUGUUGGGGGUGAUCGCCGUGGUACGUUUAUCAGAGGGAGUGGACCAGCUCAACUUUAGGAUGAUGACGACGAAAAUGAGGCAUGAUGCGAAUAUCUUACGUUCUUAUGCCGGGGUUGUAUAAGCACGCACCAGGGUGUCUUGAUUGUUGGGUUAAGUUUGGGAGGUUGCAGCAGCCAGCCCUGUUUGAUGUUGAUUCUCGCACUUUGCACUAGAGUCUAGCUACGUUCUGAAAAAUAGCAUCUGGAAACUUUACAUCUUAUACAAUUGUUCACAAAAGGUUUAAGUUGUCUGCUAUCUGAUUUUUCUCAUGGGAUUUCUGGAAAAAAAUGUAGUAUAUUAUUUUCAUAAUCUAAUUUUCAGCAGGUGUGGAGCUCGUCAGUCUUGUACAUAUCUGGUGUCAGAUGGAUUGCUGGAUUUUACAUACAGUUUUUUGGAUUA